AUGGAUGGCGCCGUGGAAGCUGCCAGACAGCUUUUCGCUGUUCAGUUGGAUUUAUACAUCUCGGCGAACAUGGCAUCCGCGGAAGAUGGCUGGGUGAGUGAAGCCUUCGCGAUGUUGACGGCGAAGAACCCGUCUCCAGACGUGCGGCGACAGCUGCAAGCAAUGAACUACGUCGUCUAUUCCGCUUCGACUCAUUAUCCACGGAGCUGGCGGCUGCGGCAAGUCUGUGGUUCUGAGGGCGAGCGCGCACAAGCUUCGCGAGAGCGGGCGCGGAGUGGUCAUCGCUGCCCCACGGGGGUCGCCGCGUUCAACAUCAACGGCGUCACUUUGCACACGUGCUGCAGCCUCCCUGUCCGCAACAACAGUUACGGCCGCGCAGUCGAUGUGCCUCCGCCCCGAGGGGCGCAGCUGGCCAACUUGAAGACCGUUUGGUCCAAGGCGCACGCCCUUUUUAUUGACGAGCUGAGCUUCAUGUCGGAAGACAUGACUCAAAGAAUAGACGCCAACUUGCGGCUUGCUCGAGAGAUGCCGCAUAUCCCCUUCGGCGGCAUUCACGUGGUUUUGUUUGGCGACCUCUACCAGCUCCCGCCCCCGGGCGGUUUGCCGAUCUUUGCGAGCCCGCUGUGGAACCUCUUUGAGCUUUGCGAAUUGCGGGGCAAUCAUCGCGCUGCCAAGGACCCGGAGUGGGCGGCCUUGCUGGCCCGGGUUCGAGUUGGCGAGUGGACGGAAGCCGACGUCGCGGCCAUUCGCGCCCGAGUUGUUCGCGAGCGCAACCAGGUCAGGCCGGCCCCCGCGGCCGUCAAGCUCUAUGCCACGCGCGCUGCGGUCGCCGAGAGCAACGCCACUUAUUUGCAGCAGCGCGUGGCCGAGACCUCAGAGCUAGUUCACGAGCUGCCCGCCGCUGACCGCUACAUUCGCACCAACCUGCCGUCCUCCGACAACAGCUGGCCGCAAGCAGAAGACACAGGGGGGAUGGAGUUGAUGCUGCGGCUUGCCACAGGAGUGCGCGUGAUGCUCAAACAGAACCUCGACGUCCGAGAUGGGCUUGUCAACGGGGCUUGCGGCGUCGUGAAGCAGCUGGAGAUCGCGGGCGAGACAGUGCUCACCGCGUGGGUCGAUUUCGAGAAGGGCGCUGGCAAGCAAUGGAAAGAAGUAAAUGGCCGCGCGGAAGUGCGCAUCCAGCGAACGACUGCUAGGUUCGCCGGGAAGGACGGCAAGGAAGUCGAGCGCAAGCAGUUCCCGCUCGUUCUGGCGGGCGCGACCACUAUCCACAAGAGCCAGGCAGUGACGCAUCAUUGCGGCGUUCACGCUCGUCUUGACGCCAGCUGCAAGCAAGAGGGGCAGGCUUACGUCGCCAUGAGCCGCUGUCCGACCAAGGCCUUGUUCACUCUGGAGUAUUUCAGCCCCAAAAGCUUGCGCUUCAACGCGAGCGCGGAGUGGGCGCUUGCCACGUUGAGAUGCCAACAGGCAAUGCGGCGCGCUGCCCAGGACUCGCAAACCUUGCGAGGAGCAGCGCGACAAUUGGAGGAGCUGCGCUGUGCGUUGCUGGUGCCUCAGGAAAGCGCCGCGUCUCUCAAGCGCCGUCUGGAAAAAUGGCCCAGCCAGAUUGGAAAGUUUACAGAGAGGCGAGGCUGGCUUCUGAAGGAGAAGUUCAGCCUGCGCGCCCCUGCCAAGACUUUGACGCCGCCGCCUCCAAGGCCGCAAUCCCCGGCCCAGAGAAAGAGAAAGCUCGAAGAGAGCCGCGCAGAUGCGCCUGUGCUGCACGCAAGAGCCUCCGCCUCUCCGUCCUCGCCGGGCCACGCGGCCGAGGCAGCGCGCUUGCCGCAAGUUUAUUUCGAAAGGCAGGAGCGCGCCCUCUGCGGGCUUCACGCCUUGAACAACGCUUUGGGGGCGAAACAUUUCUCUAGCAAAGACAUGGUCGGCGCGGCGGAGCUGUUCCUUGUGGAAAACGCAGAGCUUUCAGAUGUUCUUGCAGAUCACGUUGACCAGGAGAACGGCUGGUACUCCAUCGAAACAAUGUGCACCGCUCUGCGCGCGAAGUCCAUGCAGCAAUUUGGCAAAGCGACCUGGGAACUGUCGCUCGAGCCAGUGGUGUCCGCGAGCCAGUUGGUCAAGGCAACGGGCGCGGUUCAAAACAGGGAGAACCACUGGGUGGCGUACAAGGCAACUGCGCGAGGCGAGUUGCUUCUCUUAGAUUCCCUACAGCCGGCGGCGCAACUCAUUGCAGAAGAAGAGUUUCUGACGCAGCUGGCUAGCUAUCCCGGCACUUACUUGAUCGUCAGCGUGUGA